AUGGUGGUGGGUCACAUCACCCGCACCCCCGGGGGGAUCGCCUCUCCUGGAUCGCGGCUCUUUGGGAUCUUCCAGGGAUCUCCCGCCGCGGGGAUCCGCCCAGCCCCGCCCCAGGGAGACCGGCUAGGAUCCGCUUGGAGCGGGAUCCGCUUGGAGCGGGAUCCGCUUGGUGCUGGAUCACGGGGGAUGUCCCUGGAGUGGGAUCCACUCUGUGCCGGGGCUCAGGCAGCUCCGCUGGGAUCCGAGGGCUGGCUGGGGGAGCUGCCGUCGCGCCAGGACCCAGCCAGCCAGGAGGCCAUGCUGCGGGUGCUGGAUGCGGGGCUGGAGCGCUGCCUGGCGCUGCACUCGGCCGUGCAGUGCAUCCCCGUGCCCCGGCACAGGAAGCUCUCGGGCAAGGCAGGCAUUGAUGAGGUGAUGGCAGCCGCGGUGCUCACCAGCCUCUCCGCCAGCCCGCUGGUGCUCGGGCACCCACCGGCCACUCAUGCCCCAGAGCCUGGCAGCGAGGUCUGGAAGGAGGCUCCUGCCAUGUCCUCCAGCUGCAGCAGCAGCAGCAACACCAGCGGGGACUGGAGCUGGGACCCCUCCAGUGACCGAUCCACCCCCUCCACCCCGUCACCCCCCCUCUCCAGCCACGUCCCCAGCACCUUCCUGCCCGGCCCACUGCCGGAUGAGGGCCCUGAUGAGCCCGACAGCACCCACUUCGUCUUUGGAGAGCCCACCCCACGGAAGAGGAAGAACUCCACCAAGGUGAUGUUCAAGUGCUUGUGGAAGAGCUGCGGCAAAGUCCUCAGCAGCUCCUCAGGGAUGCAGAAGCACAUCCGAACCAUGCACCUUGGCCGGAAAGCCGACUUGGAGCAGAGCGAUGGCGAGGAGGAUUUCUACUACACGGAGCUGGACGUGGACGUGGACGCGCUGACCGACGGGCUCUCCAGCCUCACUCCGGUCUCUCCCACCUCCUCGGUGCCUCCCGCCUUUCCCGGCCCCGAGGCUCCUCCGCCACCAGUGCUGCCCAUCCUCGACCUGGCCCUGGCCUCCCCCUGCAGCCCCCCGGCCCCACCUGGCCGCUGCCACGUCCACACUGACCACGCGUACCAGGGCUGCCGGACCCCCCCACGACCACCACUGUCCCCCACUGUCCCCACCCUGCCACCACCCAAGCCACCGGCCGUGCCCAGGCGGCCGCGGGGAGAGGCCAAGAAGUGCCGCAAGGUGUACGGCAUGGAGCACCGGGAGAUGUGGUGCACGGCGUGCCGCUGGAAGAAGGCCUGCCAGCGCUUCCUCGACUGACGGAGCCCCGCCGCUCCCUCCUUCUUGCACAUUUUGCACUCGAGGUGCCUUCGCGCCCCCCCGGCCGCCCCCCCGGACUCAGGGAACG